AUGCAGUAUGCUGUUAUUGCCUACGGCUGUGCCAGCUGCCCAAAGCUGACCUGUGAGAGAGAAGGCUGCCAGACUGAGUUCUGCUACCACUGCAAGCAGAUAUGGCAUCCAAAUCAGACAUGCGAUAUGGCCCGGCAGCAGAGGGCGCAGACUUUGCGAGUCAGGACCAAGCAUACUUCUGGCCUCAGUUAUGGACAAGAAUCUGGACCAGCAGAUGACAUCAAGUCCUGCCCACGAUGCAGUGCGUACAUUAUCAAGAUGAAUGAUGGAAGCUGUAAUCAUAUGACCUGUGCAGUAUGUGGCUGUGAAUUCUGUUGGCUUUGUAUGAAAGAGAUCUCAGAUUUGCAUUACCUCAGCCCCUCUGGCUGUACAUUCUGGGGCAAGAAGCCGUGGAGCCGGAAGAAGAAAAUUCUUUGGCAGCUGGGCACAUUGAUUGGAGCUCCGGUGGGGAUUUCCCUCAUUGCUGGCAUUGCCAUUCCUGCCAUGGUCAUUGGCAUUCCUGUGUACGUUGGCAGGAAGAUUCAUAGCAGGUAUGAGGGAAGGAAGACCUCCAAGCACAAGAGGAAUUUGGCUAUUACGGGAGGAGUGACUCUGUCAGUCAUUGCAUCCCCGGUCAUUGCUGCAGUUAGUGUUGGUAUUGGUGUCCCCAUUAUGCUGGCUUAUGUCUACGGGGUUGUGCCCAUUUCUCUUUGUCGUGGAGGAGGCUGUGGAGUUAGCACAGCCAAUGGGAAGGGGGUAAAAAUUGAGUUUGAUGAAGAUGACGGUCCAAUUACAGUGGCCGAUGCCUGGCGAGCCCUGAAGAACCCCAGCAUUGGGGAGAGCAGCAUCGAAGGCUUGACUAGCGUGCUGAGCACCAGUGGAAGCCCUACUGAUGGACUCAGUGUUAUGCAGGGCCCUUACAGCGAAACAGCCAGCUUCGCCGCCCUCUCGGGGGGCACGCUGAGUGGGGGCAUUCUUUCCAGUGGCAAGGGGAAAUACAGCAGGUUAGAAGUCCAAGCCGAUGUCCAAAAGGAAAUUUUCCCCAAAGACACAGCCAGUCUUGGUGCAAUUAGUGACAACGCAAGCACUCGUGCUAUGGCCGGUUCCAUAAUCAGUUCCUACAACCCACAGGACAGAGAGUGCAACAAUAUGGAAAUCCAAGUGGACAUUGAAGCCAAGCCCAGUCACUACCAGCUGGUGAGCGGCAGCAGCACCGAGGACUCGCUCCACGUUCACGCCCAGAUGGCAGAGAAUGAAGAAGAAAGGAGUGGUGAUGGCGGCGGCAGUGAAGAGGCUCCCCCCUGCAAACACCAAAGCUGUGAACAGAAAGACUGCCUGGUCAGCAAACCCUGGGACAUCAGUCUGGCCCAGCCUGAGAGCAUCCGCAGUGACCUGGAGAGCUCUGACACACAGUCAGAUGAUGUCCCCGACAUCACCUCAGAUGAGGGUGGCUCCCCCCACUCCCAUGCUGCAGCCUGCCCCUCCACCCCCAGAGCCCAGGGUGCACCAAGCCCAAGUGCCCGUAUGAACCUCUCUGCUCCAGCCGAGGGGCAGCCUGUCUCGAAGCCAGAAGGUGCAGAAGCCAGAGUAUGAAGGGAAUGAAUGCUCCUGUUCUGAGAAGCACA